UAAUCAUCUAUAACUAAUCAAACAGGUACAUCCAUGUUUGAGUUGAAAUGUUAGCAAACAGCAUGUGCUUUUUUCCACUUUAGUUAAUGAAAUAUUCCUAAGAUGUUAGAUAACCGAGACUACUCAAUAAAAAGCGACGGUAUUUAAGUAUUGUGUUAUAUUCCUAAUAUCGUUCACUUUUGGAAUAGACUACAAUAUUGUGUAUUUUACAUUAUUGUUUUAAAAACAAAUAAAGAUGAAAUUUGCAAUACCUAAACCGGGAGUAUUACCCGUUAAAAUUAACGAGAAUCUGCGGGUUUUGUCAUUAAAUCAAACAGUUAACUCACUUUCGAGAAGAAUUGAGGAUGCACUUCGUCAGAGAAAGGUUGACGUGACCACAGUUGAGACGUCGGACGGUGAUGAGAUGGUUUCGGAAGUUCAGCGGUUACAACCAGACAUUAUCGUGUGCCCCUUCAUGAAGACCCGCAUACCGAAAGUGUUGUAUGCGAACCGCAGCCGACCUUGUCUCGUGGUGCACCCUGGCAUCGCUGCGGACCGCGGAGCCUGUUCUAUAGAUUGGACCAUACUUCAAGAGCGGCCAUACUGGGGCGUCACGGUGCUGGAGGCAAACGACGAGAUCGACGGCGGAGCAAUCUGGAGCUGCGACUCAUUCCAAGUCCCCAGCGGAAGUACCAAAUCUUCGCUCUACAACGGCGCGGUCGCAGACGCCGCCGUGAGGUGUACUUUAGAUGCGGUUUCACGUUUUUCGCAAAAUGUUGAUCCCCUCGACAAAGCGGCGUAUCCUGAACUUUUAGGCCUCUGCACGGAGACAAGGAACAUGAAGCAUAGUGAUCGCAGGGUGGACUGGAAUACACCAGCGGAAGAUGUGGUGAGACGGGUGCGCAUGUCCGAUACCUCACCCGGUGCCAUUGGUCUACUCGAGUUGCUUGGGGACACACAGGAAUGGAGACUCUUUGACGCUCAUGUGGAGACCGGCAGGCGCUCAAAGAUUCUCGGGCACGCACUGUCAAGCUCUUGUCCUGGAACCCCAGUUGCAACAAAACACGGGGCCGUUCUGAUCUCUGCAGCAGGCAGAUCAGGUGUCUGGAUCGGUCAAAUGAAAGGAUUCACCAACGAUCCGUGCAUUAAGCUUCCCAGCUCUUACAUACUUCCUGUCAAGCUGCCUGCUCACCGCGAGCCAUGUGAUUUUGAGGAGAUUAAGGUUGUACAAGAAGGAGACGUUUGUAGCGUGUAUUUUGACUUCUAUAACGGGGCCAUGGACACGCCCCAGGCCGUCCGCCUGCAGAGAACGCUGUUAGAUGUGGCCGCUUUGCCUCAUAUCAAGGUCGUAGCGCUCAUGGGAGGGGAGCGCUUUUUCUCUACUGGUAUCCAUCUGUGCGUUAUACAGAACAGUGGCGAUAAACAGAGAACUGCAUCGGCAAAUAUCAACGCGAUAAAUGAUGUCAUCAAAACCGUGUUUACAAUGAAAGAUAAGAAGACUGUUGCGGUGUUGCGUGGCAAUGCUGGUGCGGGUGGCGCCAUGUUAGCAACAGCGUGUGACUUCAUUGUUGCACAUCCGGGCGUAUGUGUGACUCCAACAUACAAAUCGAUGAGCCUGCACGGGUCAGAAUACUGGACCUACUUUCUACCAGAAAAGGUUGGAUUAGAGACGGCGAGACGUUUGGUUGAGAGCAACGAUACACUAACUGCAAGAGAGGCGCAUGAAAUUGGACUGUUUGAUCACGUGAUAAAUGUAGACAAGAUUGGUUUCCUUGAUGAAGUGAAAUCCCUACUACAGCACAUUGCACACAACACAGCUCAUCAAGUUAUCCAGUAUAAACUGCAGACGAGAACCGAUGACUGGCGCCGUCGGCUUUCUAGCCAUCGGGAGUACGAGCUUUCUCAUAUGAAGAUGAACUUCCGGUCUUCUAAUUUCCUGGACGCCAUGCACGACUUCGUUUUUAAAGUACCCCCCAAAAAGAAUAAAAAACAGUGUUAGGGUAAUCAGCUACUUCUGACUGAUCAAAGAGUUGUGGCAAUGUUUACAAAUAGUCUCAAUUCUGAGUCUCGACCCAAAACUGCAACCUUACAGUCUGUAAUUGUAUUGUAAUCACUCAGUGUUUAAACUAUUAAUAACAAAGAUUUUGUAAAAGGUGUAAAGCAUAUAUUUGUUUUUGAAAGUUAUAGAGUCAAUAAAAACAAAAUAUUGGGUUGAAUAUAGCAUCCUUUUAUAACUAAACUUUCAGUGCUUUGAUUUUUAUGAAGAAUUUGCUAAUUCAUUUGCAAAUAUUUUACGUUUUCAAAUCAUUUGGAAGGAUAGAAUAGCAUAUACUAGUCGCUUUUAUUUUUAAUAAUGUUUUUCUUUAUUUGUUCCCAGUUUUAGUAAAAUGAUGCUUUUUAUUAUGAAACUCUAUGAUCACACAGUUUUAAACCUUUUAUUUUAUAAGGCAGACUGUGUGUGAUGUUUUUGGUUUCUAACGAUGACUGCAUCGUAUCUUUGAAAAGUAUUUGCAUUAGAUGCUCUGAAUUGUUUCCCUCCGUCUGCAGUUAAGAGUUGGGAUCUCUUAUCAUUGAAGUACUUGGGGUUUACCUUUUCGUUUUUUUAUUAUUAUUUGUUUUAUUGAUAAGUUUCCUUCAAGUUAAUGCGAAUGGGAAGUUUAUCUUUUGCUUUUUAUCUUUAUUAAGAAUUGUUGGGAUAAGAGUGAGGUUUGUGCACAUAAACUGGUUUAAAGAAUCAAGAAUUGUUAGGUUUUAUAAAAUAUAUAUAUAUAGUAUUUAUGCACUGUGCUGUUUGUAGAGUUGUGUGCUGUUCUAUGUUUCUUGUUUUAUGAAUUUGUGUUUUAUGUCUUUGUCGUUUGCCCAUUGCCACUAAACCGGAUUUAUGUUUAAUAUUUUUGCUACUGAGCAUGUUUCUGUAGCUUUUUGCAUAUAUAUCAAUGAUGUGUCUGUUUGUAAACAUUGGUCCACGGCUAUGCUUGCAAAGGUCUUAAGUCUUGAAGAAAACAAUUCAGUAACAUUAAAAUUUGCAGUGUU